AUAUAUAUAUAUGUUAUAUUAAUUGCCUUUUGAUUUUUAUCAAGCUACUUGACAAAUAAACUUGAAGGUGUGAUAAUUGUAUAGGUCAUAUGCUGUCACAUGUUGUCUAGAAUCUCGGAUAAUAUUGCAGCUUCAAUUAGCUUAUUGAAGCCCAUUGAUAAGCAUCAGCAUAGGCAUAGCUAUAAGUAUAAUUGCCAGCCCGUUUGGCUAGACACUUGUGGCCCAGUCAUGAUCGGAGCUCGUCGCCGGCUGCGCGCCUCCUCGGUCUCGGCGGGCAUCCUGCGCGGCGGCUUGAGGUACGCCACAAUUAUGGGUAUCAUCUGUUUUGGCGUGAAGUGGAAUCGCAGCGAGCGGCGUCUGGUGGCCAAGGAUUGGCCCUGGUACAAAUGGUUCUGCCUGCUGGCGCGCAUACUGAUGUGUGGCCUCUACUACGUCUUGUACAAUGACUUCAUCUUCGUGCUGAAGGUCUCCCAUUUGAAGGUAAUCGUCAUCUUUCGCAUGCUCAUCUGCAUGGUCUGCGCUGUGGUCACCCUGCUGCUGCAGCUCUGGCAUGGACAGCGAGUGCUUCGUGUGGUCAACAGCUUUUUGCGGCUCUAUCAGCGCGUGGAGGCGCUGCCCGGCUGUCAGGAUGUGGGCUACGGGGGCAGGUGGGCGCUGUGCCUGCUGCUCGGCAAGGUGAUCUGUAUGCUGCACGAGCUUGUCUACAUGAUACCGCCGAUGCUCGAGGAGCUUGACUUUCAUUUUGUGCUGAGCACAAUUUGCGAUACAUACAAUACCGUAAAUGCGGCCAUGAUCAUGCACAUCUGCUUCGUGGGCUACCUCAGCCUGGGCAUCAUCUACGACCGGCUGAACAGCUAUGUGCGGCACGAGCUGCGCCAACAGCUCGGCGAACUGGGCGACGCCGUCAGCCGGAGGCAGCUGGAGGCGGCUGGUCACCGCCUGGACGAGUGCCUGGCCAUCUACGAUGAGCUGCAUCAGGUGGGCCGCUCGUUCCAUCAGCUCAUCGAGUUUCCGCUUUGCAUCAUACUCAUGUUUACCUUUGUCAGCAUGGCGCUGGUUGCCUUUUUCAUCACGUUGAACCAAUUCGACGGCAUCAGCCUGUGGACCAUGGAGGGCAAGAUGUUGCUGGACAUUUUGCUGCUGACCCUUGUGGUGCAUGGUGCGAGAAGCAGCUCGCGAGUGAUCCGCCGGCUCAGCCUGGAGAAUUACUACGUUAGCGAGCACAAGGAUUGGCACAUGAAGCUGGAAAUGUUCUUGAACCGUCUGAACUAUAACGAAUUUCGUGUGCGUCCCUUGGGCCUAUUCGAGGUGUCCAACGAGCUGAUCUUGGUCUUUCUGUCCGGCCUGGUCACCUAUCUCACCUACAUACUGCAGUACAGCGUGCAGUUGGAGAAUCUCUAGGCUCUCGUCACGCUGUGGGCGCACUUAUUAACAACCCUCUGCUUAUGUUAGGGUAAGGUACGCACACACACACACACACACACACACCUGUCCUGCGGUCGCAUGUAGAAAUCCGUUUGGCAGGACACCAGCUUAACGUUUUUCUGUCUCACUUUUCCCAUGAAAGUUGGCGCAUAAAUUAUAUAUUCAUGCGCAAGUAUUGCGGCAUUCGGUAUGCACUUUUUGCCGUGGAGCAGAAAAUUUAUGCAGCUACCGCACGGCCGGCCGGACAGUUCACGCUAAAAGCGCAUAAAAACAAGGCCGAGGCCGUCGCUCUAAUUAGCAUAGGUAGCUGUCCAGGUAAAGGUAAAGGUAGAGGUAAAGGUAAAGGUAAGGGCACAGAUAAAGGUGCACUUGUUCGCUGCACUUGUUCCAGCUCUUGAAAAGGGCUGCGUCAGCGUUGGCGAUAAUCAAAAAAAAAAAAAAAAAA